UAAAAGGCAGGCACAAUUGUUUCAACAUUAAACGCAGCUCUAAUAGUAAACAUGCAGCGACUUCCUAGACUAGCCGUUGUUAUUGCAGUGCUUUCUCUGCCCCUUAUUUCGGGUGAAGUUAAGAACCAGCUUCAGCACGAAUUUCCAGAUGUGGGAAAGGUUUUCGAGGGUUUUCGGGCAGGUCUCGCACUCUUCGACGUCGACAACGACGGUGACCUUGACUGUCUAACCACAACAGAAGUGAAUUACGACGCCAGCGUGCCAAGUGCAGUAUACAUUUGGUUUCUCCAGGGAGUAAACGGACACGAAGGGCGAAAUAUUACCUACUACGUCCGUCCUGGCGACGGCCCAGGCCAGCUUCUCUUGAAGGACCAAAAUGGUGAAUAUCUGGAUGCGGUCAUGAAGAAACGCAUUAUGUUUCUCGUUUCUGUUAUUCUAAAGAACGAAAACAACAAAAGUGGCGUUGUCUAAAUAGCGCCAGAGUAAAUCAUUA